UGCCAGUAGAGCUUCAGUUCGAGCAAAGAGUCAAAAGGAGCAGCAAGCACUUGCCACAAAAAGGAUAGCACGAGAGAAACCAGAAAGAGACAGACAGACAGCCAUGCCCUACUACGAGGAAGAACGUCGUCACCACCAUCAUCAUCAUCAUGGUGGCAGACCCAUUGUGGAGGUGGAUAUCAUACCGCCAAGGAUACCCCGGCCAGUGAUUGAGAUCGAUGUGGGUGGUCGCCGUCCACCCCCGCCCAGGGUGGAGGUGAUCACACCGGCGGCUGUGUACCAGCCCGCCUAUCAGCCACAAUACCAGCAGCAACGGCCCAUUGUCGAGGUGGAUGUGGUGCAGCCGAGCAGGCCCUUCAUUGAGUUCAACAUUGGCGGUCGUCGCCCGCCCCCACGGGAGGAGAUCAUCGUUGUCCAGCAGCCACCACCCAGGUGGUAGACGGACACAGGACACAGCAAACAGGACUGUAACUGGAACUGGAACUGCCGUCAGUUAAUUGGAAAUCCGUUUCAAAUGUUUGUUUAAAUAAGUUAAAUGCAUUUUAUUUUAUUUUAAUUGAAAUCUACAUGAUUGCCUUUCAAUGUUGUUUGUCCUUCGAUGUGUGACAUCAUUCGAUUGUCCAACCACUACACACACACACACACACACACACUGAAAUAUAUUUGUAUAUGUAUGUUUUAUAAA